AUGGCAUCGGCAGACAAUGCGAAUCCUACGAUCUUGAACGUGUCCGAAAUAUCACGUCGAAGAGAAAAGCGCAAGGUUCGAGAUUAUUCGGCCAAGAAACAUGGUAUACAGAGCAUAUUGAUGGCAAAACCCAGCUAUGCACUGGAUCCUUUUUAUAUGUCAGAUUUCUCAGAUGAAGACUCAGACGAUUCUGGCUUAGAGCCAAUAGACGAACAGGAAAUCUAUGACUUGAUUGCACCAAUCUCCGACCCCGAGCACCCUCUUUCGUUGGAGUCUCUCGGAGUAGUCAAGCUUGAGGAUGUUCAUCUUGUUUCGCCUCCUGAUCUCACAAACCCAGCAGCACUGUCUCGCGUACUGGUUGAAUUGACGCCAACGGUUUCACAUUGCUCCCUGGCAACUGUUAUUGGACUUGGCGUGCGAGUACGUCUGGAACAAGCUCUUCCGCCAGGAUACCGAGUCGAGGUCAAGAUUAAGAAGGAUACACACAGUCAAGCUGACGAAGUCAACAAACAACUGGCUGACAAGGAGCGUGUUGCGGCUGCCCUCGAGAAUGAUAAUCUCAUGAAUUUGCUAAGGAAGAUGAUGAAAACCUGUCUUGAUGGCUGA